AUGUCGAAUUCUACUGUUAUUGAUGGUGAUUUGUAUUCUUCUAUGAGUGAGAGUGAAGAAGAAGAUGUUGAGAACUCAUUUUUUGAAGGUGGUGAAUCUUCGAGUUCAGUUCAUGAUGCGCAAUAUUGUGAUGAUAUAAUUGGAGAACAUGUCUGUAAGCCAAAUGUACUUGUUCAAAUUAUUCCAUUUAAGGGUUUAAUCUUGAAAUCAUUAAAGUUGGAUAUCAAAAUGUAUUCUGAGUAUGCUGAAAUUGGUGGUUUUGAUGUGAGACUGAGCACGCAGUCAAGGUUUGAUAACAAGAUUAUAAAGAAGAAACAUGUUAUAUGUAAUCGUGGUGGCAAACAUAAAAAGAAAUCUUGUGACACAUUGGGUACAAGUGGUGUUAGGAGGAAACGAAAUUCAAAUUCAAGAGCUAUUGGUUGUCAAGCAAAGAUUAUAUUUGAAUCUGUGUAUGGAACUCCACAUUAUAAAGUUUUUCAGUUUGAUGAACUUCACAACCAUCCACUUGAGAAGAGAAGCGAUUUAAAAAAACGAGGAAAAUGUCAUAUUCAGAAAAAGAGUUUAUUGUGCGCUGAUGAAAUGGAGAAGACAUAUUAUGCCGAAUUUGGUGAUGUUAUAUCGUUUGAUGCGACUUUCCGAACAAACAAUUGUAUUCAUAGAUGA